AUGGAAGCUGCAGCACCAGCGCCGGUUAAUAUAGGCGGGCGCCGCGAGCCUUCUACUGAUCCCGUUAAAGCUCAGGGAAUAUUGAACUCGGUGAUGAAAAAAUCAAAGUCUGCAGCGAAGCUCUGGCCGCAACGUUGGUAUUUUUAUAGCAAAAUUAGAGAAAUACAAGAAGAGGAAGCUCAGAAAGUAGGCAUGACUGUGGAAGAAUAUCGGGCGGCCCUGCAGUCACAUAGCAGUCAACUCGAGCCGAAGCAGUAUCCUGUUACAGUGGAUCCGUCUCCUCACCCAUUACCACCCACAUCGGCAGCCAUGAUAGGGCGUCGCGCGCAGUGUCCUUUGGAGCGUUUCGGUCGUCUAGUGAAAACCGACCGAGAUUAUCCUCUCCGCCCACCAUUAAGACCCGGACAAAUUUACGACCCUUACAAGCAGACAGUUGUAUUUUUAGGAAGUGUCGAUGGGGACCCGAUUUCGUACAAACUGCCACCGUCUCGUUGUGAGAUGACAGAUGAAAUGUGGGCGCGUCCACAACAGCUGACCGUGUCGCCCCUCGGCUGGGACAACUUACAGAGAAUUAUGAAUGAGACUGAAUAA